AUGGCUCACCUGUCAGAGCAUGGAUUCCCACCACUGACCGAUCAGCACGACAGGUCGACACUCAGCCAAGCACCUCCCCCGUAUACUGCAUCCAAUGGUUACGACCAGGAUCCCUUUUCCGAUACUCCUUGCUUCUCUAGCUCGUCCGACCCGACGCAAACCGCACUCAUCCGCUUCCCCCCAACGCUCAACGGCUACUUUCAGUGGAAGUUCAUCUACACCUUCCACCUGGGCCCCAGUGGCGACGACAAGCGGUUUGCCGUCUCUACGCACACCACCUUUCUGCGCAGCAAGCAGAUCAUGAUCCUCCAUGCUGGCCCCUCGGACAAGGACCCGACGCUGGCCUCCAUCGAGGGAGACCAGUCCAUGCGCGAUCGACCGUCUCCGAUCACCAUCCCCCGCGCCCAGCAGCCGCCGGUGGUCGAGGCGCUCCACCACGCGACGCCGUACACGCGCACGCCGCCCACCUUCGCCGUUGACGUCCCUGGCCCCCAGAAGCGCUCGCAGCGCGAGCAGUUCGAAUGGCGCACCAGUCGCGGCAACGAGACCCGGGAGCUGACGGGUCACUCCGCAUGCGGGUGGAAGUUGGUGCGCCUAUCGCGAACCGUGGGUCCUGGUAGCGAUAAUCGACGACAGCGCGCGCUGGGAUGCGCUAGCGACGGGCGGGAGGUGGUGGCGGUUUUGGCGCGCAACGUGUCGGCCAGUAUGACGAAAGCCUUGGAGUUUCAGUUUCUGGGCAGCGGGCUGGAUGGCAGCAUGGGAGAGACUUGGGAGAUCAUGGCGAUCAUGACAGCCUUGCAGCUGUGGUACUACGACACGCUGAGCGCUACGAUGGCCACGACAACCACGGCGGCGGCGGUGUCAACCUGA